AUGGCUAAGCUGGACGAGACCAACUCGCUGCGUGUGCAGAUACUCGUCUACCGCCUGAUGGGCAUCGAUCUGUGGAGCCCCACGACGGCCAACGAUCGCCACCUGGUCACGUUCGUGACCAUGGGACCAUUGUUCGCCUUUAUGCUGCCCAUGUACCUGUCCGCCAGGGAGAACAUAACCGAGGUGAGUCUGCUCUCAGACACGCUGGGCUCCACCUUCGCCAGCAUGCUGACGCUGGUCAAGUACCUGCUGUUCGUCUACCACCGCAAGCAGUUCGUGGGCAUGAUCUACCACAUCAGGGGCAUCCUGGAGAGGGAGAUCAACGUGUGGCCGGAGGCCAGGGAGAUUGUCGACGCCGAGAAUCGCAGCGAUCAGAUGCUGAGCCUCGCCUAUGCGCGCUGCUUCGGCUUGGCGGGCAUCUUUGCGGCCAUCAAGCCGUUCGUGACCAUGUCCCUGGCCCUGCUGCGGGAUGGGGGCGAUGGCAGCAAGCUGCAUCUGGAGCUGCCCCACAUGGGUGUCUAUCCGUACGACUACCAGGUGAUGUGGUUCUUCGUGCCCACCUACCUGUGGAACGUGAUGGCCAGCUACAGUGCCGUGACCAUGGCCCUGUGCGUGGACACACUCCUCUGCUUUUUCACGUACAACGUUUGCGCCAUCUUCAAGAUUGCCCGGCACCGGCUCAUUCAUCUGCCGGCCAUGGGCGAGGCGGAUCCCCGUGCGGAGCUGGAGGCAUUGGUCCAGGUGCUGUUGCUGCACCAGAAGGGUCUGAGGAUAGCCGAUUUCAUUGCCGAUCACUACCGGCCGCUGAUCUUUCUGCAGUUCUUUCUGUCGGCUCUGCAGAUUUGCUUCAUCGGCUUCCAGGUGGCCGAUCUGUUCCCGAAGCCACAGAGCCUCUACUUUAUCGCCUUCGUGGGCUCCCUGCUGAUCGCCCUCUUCAUCUACUCGACCUGCGGCGAGAACAUCAAGAAGGCCAGCCUGGACUUUGGCGACGGCAUCUACGAGAGCAACUGGCCGGACUUUGCGCCGUCCACCAAGCGGGCCCUGCUCAUUGUGGCGAUGCGGGCCCAGCGCUCAUGCCAGAUGAAGGGUUACUUCUUCGAGGCCAGCAUGGCCACCUUUUCAGCGAUUGUUCGCUCGGCCAUGUCGUACAUCGCGAUGUUGCGAUCCUUCAAUGCAUAAACUGGAGCAGAGGCAUCAGGAACAGGAGGAGUAGGACGCAACCGAACCAAAAGGGAAGCAGCACAAAUAUAGAAAAUUCUCAGCUUUGUCGCAGCAUUUUUUAAUGAAAAGAAUUCCCCCCAGUGCAUUGCUCACAUUUCAGUGCAGCUGUGCAAAUAGGAAACGAAAACUAAAGGUUAAUAAAUGAAGAAAA